UGUGUAAAAGGUACGCUCCAUACACUGUCAAAAUAUUAUAUUUAACGUAUAUUUUGCAUGGAAGGAAAUGCAAAUAUACACAGCCUGGCGCUCACUUUAUUAACAAUUAUCAAAAUCGUGCAAACAGUCAGAGGAAAUGUUUUCUGGAGUCAGUUGUGGCACGGAAACAUUUGAGAACGGACCCCAGCUUGCCUGACUCGUACAUGUCUUUCUGUUUCUCCACCCUUGCCGGCAGCUGCUGACCUAUAGGGGUUGAAAUUUUCAGGCUGAUGUUAUUGGUGGGUGGUAACAAGUUGGUAACUGCCUCGAAUUAGGCUGCUCAUGAAUUAUUAGAGAACUGAUGAACUGCCUGGUGGCAUACGAGGACUCAGAUUCUGACACAGAGAAGAGUGAAAUAUCCACCCAGAGCAAGCAUGAAAAAAGUAGAGAUGGUGAUCACCCAAGAAUUUAUUGCCAGUCCCCUAGUGUGAAUGAUAGGCAAGCAACAUACAGAAAUAAUAUUCCUGAACUGAGUAAACAUUGGGAUAUGGGCCACCAGAUAGGGCUGGAUAAUGUUGUGGGUCCACAAAUGGAGUACAAAAGUGCUUUGCAUACAUCUGCAGCAAGGAUUCCUAGUACUUCAUUAUCUUCCCAGAUAUCAGGCCCCACUGUUACUGAAAAUGCUGCUAGAGACAGUCUUUAUCAUAAUAAGAAACGAAAACUUGAUGAAACUGUGUCUGCACAGGGAACUGUUAAACCUUACAUUCCAAAAAGACUUAGACAAGUACAAAUUCUCAGUAGUAACAAUACGAAAACAUCAGUGUACCAAGAAGUACCUGUUUCAUUUGUGGCCUCUGAUACUGCAGAAUUGCCUUCACCAAGCACUUUUUACACAGUGUCUGACUUCAUUCAGCCAUACUUAGAGACCUCUGGUAGAUCGUAUGACAUACCUAAGGACAUGAUAUUUCACAUGAAUGCACACAGCGGACCAGUAAACAGAGUUCAUUGGUGCCCAGUCCGGCAGUACAGUCACUUGCUGUUGUCAGCCUCUAUGGAUAACACCAUAAAGGUAUGGAAUGCUGUGGAUACAGGUACAUGUUUGAGGACAUACAGUUGCCACAGCAGUGCAGUUCGGGAUGCCCAGUGGUCUUCUUGUGGAACAAGGAUUCUCAGUGGUGGAUUUGACUCAAUGCUUUAUUUGACAGACACUGAAACAGGCAAACUGCUGUUUAGUGGUGAAAAUGAAUUUCGAAUCUCCUGCUUGAAGUUUCAUCCAAAUAAUCCAGAUGUUUCAGUCUGUGGAGGCUUCAGUGCCAUGGUCAAUGCAUGGGAUACAAGAACACCAAAGAUCAUAAAUGUCUACAAAGCAGCAGUUCAGCAGACACUGGAUAUUCUGUUCAUCAAUGAGGGAAGAGAAGUUCUCACUACCACUGAUGCAGUAAGCAGGGAUUCGGCUGACCGAACUAUCAUUGCUUGGGAUUUCCUUACUGCGGCCAAAAUCUCCAAUCAGAUCUUUCAUGAGCGUUACACUUGCCCUACCAUGGCCUGCCAUCCAAAAGAAUCUGUCUUUGUGGCCCAGACUAAUGGGAAUUACAUUGCUUUGUUUUCCACACAAAGGCCGUAUAAAAUGAACAGAAGGAAGAGAUAUGAAGGUCAUAAGGUGGAGGGCUUUGCUGUUGGAUGUGAGUUUUCUCCAGAUGGAACGUUUAUCUUAACAGGAAGCUCAGAAGGGAAGGUGUACUUCUACAAUUACUACACAUCUAGAAUUGCUCACAGUAUACCUGCUCACAGCACUGCGUGUGUCAGCAUAAACUGCCACCCUGUCCUUCCAUCAUUACUCGCAACAUGUGACUGGGAUGGAGUAAUCAAGAUAUGGCAGUGAUAAGUUAGAAGACUUCCUGGAUUGCUCAUUAUGAAAUUAUAAGGAGAGAGCUUCAGAGCACCUCUGAUAAUCAUUUUUUAAUUAAAUGUGAAAGUUGCUUGCUAGAUUUAUGAUAAACUAUGUACCCAUUUAGUGUUUGAAUCUUAAGAUGGAUGUCUGUAACAAUAUAAAUGGAAUUCGUGUUUAUAAA